UAUAUUUGAAAUAAAAUAAAGUACCUAGUACAUAAAUAAUAUCAUUUCUAGGUUCAUAAUCGAGUUAGUAAAUAUUUUAUUUGUAAACUUGUUCAUCGAGGUUAAGUAAGGAAAAUUCUUUAGAUACUUGAUUUUUAAAUUUAAAUGAUCUAAUCUUUGCUUUGAAUUUAAAAUGCAUAUUCACAUUGAGUCAAGUUCUUCAUAGAAUAUAGGAUAAAUUUGGCAUGUAAAAACUUUUUGAACAAAAAAAUUGUAGAUAGAAUUAUGUAAUCGAAUACUAAAAAAUUAAUUUGAAAUUAAAUUGAAAUUUAAUUAUAGAAACAAUGCAAACGUGAAACGUGAUACCUUACAAUUCGGUUCUUUUUGCGGAAUAAACACACUUUAUUCUGACGGCAAUCCGAAAAAUGACGAUGAUGGUGAAAAUCUAGUCGUGUUUGUAUGAACAGAUUUUUCGUCUCCUUGCAAAAUAAGUGCAUUUUUUUUUCUUCUUAUGUCAUCGAACUGCCCUCAUUAAACACAAAAUACCUAGUAGAUAUUUUUUAUUCGGACUUUACACGUCAUGAGCAACCAUAUACACAAUUAAAAUCAACUUGAAAAUUUUCAAUUUAUUUGAGAAGCUAUGAAAAAAUUAUGUUUUCGCAUAUUUAGGUACACAUGUUUUAUACAAAUUGAUUCAAUUUAUAAGAAAAAAAAAAUAGAAAUUCUUUCAAAAGUCUGUGUGUUUUAUUAAAGAGCCAAAAAGCUGCACCGUUAAACUCAACUGCUGAAUAAUUUUGUUAUUAUAUUUUGAAUACUAAUUUAAUAAAAACCAAAGAUAGAAAAGAAGAAAAAGCAUAGGUGUAAUUACCAAGUAAACUUUAAAAAGUACGUACUUGAUGAAUUAAAAGUGGGUUUUGUAACAAAAGAAAAAAAGUAUAAAAUGCAAACUAAAUUGAAGUUCUUCUCUCCAUUUUAUCUACAAUUUGAUGAAGUAAUUACACAAAAGCAAAUUAGGCAGCAUAAAAGUGACAUUAUUAGUUUUAAUAAAUCAAUUCACGAUCCAACAAUAAAUCGAAUGAAUUCUUAAUAAAAAUUGAAACUUUAAAAACACCGAGGGCUGGUAUGAUAUAAAAGUUUGAUAUUGAAAAUCGGUCAUAGCAAUGAAUAUCACGUGGUUACUUAUUGGAGUUAGAUUUUUACUA